UAUUGGAUAAUUCUCCAGAAACUGAAGUGUAUUUAGAGUAAGUACAUAAUUAAUAUUCAUUUUAUUCUUUGUUCAAUCUACUCCUUAAUUAACAAUAUUGACAUUGUUAAUUAAUUAACAGGGAAUACCUAAUUGAGGUGCAACAAAGAGAUAUGGCUGCCAAUCAUAAAUUGAUACAUAAGAAAGAGUUUCGUUCAUGGUUUCAUAAGAAGAUAUAUGACUUGCACCAACUUGGGUCAUUAGAGCAUGCUGAUGAAUUACUAGCUUUAGCAUCUGGGUCAGAUCUAUUGGCUUACUCCUACCAAGCAUGUAUAGUGAACGGAGUUCGAUUUGUCUCAUACAAUCGAGAUCAGAAUCGAAUUACACAAAAUAGUGGAGUGUGUGUUGCUGGAACAGAAGGUUUUAACUAUUACGGGCAACUUGAAGAAAUACUCCAGCUGUCUUUUACUGGUUCUUAUUCGGUGGUAUUAUUUCGAUGUAAAUGGUUCAAUACAGAUCCGAAAAAAAAGAAAACCAUCACUGUAAAUAAUAUUACUAGUAUCAAUGUUAGCGGUGAAUGGUAUAAAGAUGAACCGUUCAUACUAGCUAGUCAAGCAAAACAAGUAUUCUACAUCGAUGAUCUCGUUAGAGGACGAGAUUGGAAAGUUGUCCAAGAAGUGAAUCAUCGGCAAGUUUGGGACUUUCCAGAUGCUUCAGAUAUGAUUGCUGAUGUUGAUGUUGUACAUGACACCAACUCAUCGAAUUUUGUUUUGACUGUGGAUCUCGAAGAGUUGGUUGUUCAGCAAUCUGAUGUACCAGCGACUCAAGUCAACACGGCCCAUCGACCUUCUUUAGUUGUUCAAGAAGAUGAUGGAUUUAUUAAUGACAAUGAAGAUGAUAUGGCAGACAGUGUAGAAGAAGCAGAAGAUUAGGAUGAAUUAAUUGUCGACCUUAGUGAUGAUAAUA